CCACAGCUCGUCAUCACGCCCGCGUACCAUCAUCUAAAGGCUUACACAAAAAUCACGCCUCCUCCACUUCCAAGUUGACACGAAAACCUACCUCUCCCUCACCUGAACAUCCCCCUAUGACAGCCCAAUCACACCGUCGCGCCACUUCAGACGUUAAGCUGCAGCGCGACCCAUCACCCGCCAGUCUCAAGAAGAACUCUUCCCAGUCGAGCUUAAAGCGCAAUCGUUCCCAUGCCGAGAUAGCAAAGCGACCCAAAUCUGCCACGAAUCUCAAGCGAUCUUCGUCCCACAAGGAAGUCAACAAAUUAAAAGGCGCAAAGGGUCAAGUCCAUUUCGAUCUUGGUAGCGACCAGGAAGACGAGUGGGUGGACGCAAGCGCAUCCGCCUCGCCCUACCUAUCAAGACGCGGAUCAGCCAACCGCCGGCCCGUAAACAAGAGUCUCCACUAGACCGCGGAACGGCCCAACAUAACCAAUAUUUGACGUCGCGUCUACUGCAACGUACGCCAUCUUCGAGCGCGCCGCCCCAAAUGUCUGCCGAAACCGUGUCAGUACGCCAUAACUCGGGUUCGCCCGAGUCUCAAGCGAGCCGCGGUCCGUCAAGUCUAUUCGGGACACCCAAAAAUGCCGCUAUAGUAGGUAGCGGAGGGGAAGAGCUCACGUCGCGCUUUGUCAACGGCGGUUCGGGUCCCGGCUCGGGUCCAACGGCCGAGAGCGGUUCAUUCUAUGCAUCGGCACGAGCAUCAAGCCAGCGUGCUGAGGGUAUACGCCGGCCCCAGUCGCUCGGCAACAUGAACCAGAACUACCGAGGAUCGGUAAGUGACGAUGAGAGUGACAGUGCUCUAGCUCCUCGAACGAGGAGAUCGGUUUAUAAGGCCGCGCCGGCGGAAAAGUCGCGGACGCAGCAGAAACUUAACCUUCAACGGGCCAGCUCAUCCAUCGAACCUACUCAACCGGUUGGCGGAGUUGGCGUUGUCGGCGUCAGUCCUUUGGUUGGUGGUAGUGGUUACGACAAUAGGGAUCCGCGCAUAGGUAAAUUGCUCGAGCGUACGGGUAUGGAAUAUCUUGUUGUUCGGCGUUAUCAGAACCCCAUCGCUCGUUCCAUAGCAAGGCUGUCGAAACUCCCUGGCGCAAAUAAGAGCCAGCAUAUACCUAAUCAGAACGGAGCUAAUGGGACGGUAAAUGGGAAGAGGACGUCGGCCCUAGGCGGCACGGGUCGCCUUGAUCUCAGCCAGAACUAUACUACAGACAAGGCAAAAUCGAGGCCUACCACGCCACGGCAAGGGACGUCAAUACGGGUGAACGGGACAAAUUCUAGUUUCGAUGGGGAAGAGGAAAGGCUCCACGACCGGAUAAGUGGAUCCAGUUAUGCAGAUGGGGCAGACGAUGGCGUUGCAGCAAUUUUACGGAAUCUUUGGGACAAGAGCAUGGAUCUGAGCGCAAGUCAGGAAUGAGUGAGUUUAUUGAGAGGCGUUCUUAUUAGGGCAUGAUCGAGUUGGUUGGGAACUCGUGGGUCCGCAUACGCAUAUUAGUGGUAUAGUCAUACGAUACGAAAAGUGAAUAAUAAUUGAUUG